GCAUGAUGCAUAAACAGAAUGUUUUGUGUUGUUGCGAAUAUUUUAAUAAUAAAGGAGAAAGAAGUCACUUAAUGGGAUUUUGUUGUGAUUGUGAAGCUUUAGACGAAUCAUUUGACAAAUUGAUAACAUGCAAGCCUAUUCAGUCGGAUUCUUGCUCAAGAAUAAUGGAUACUGUAGCUGAUCGUCUGAGACUGCCAUGGUGUGACGGGUAUGGAGCUAGAAAACUUGAUCCAGAUGUUUUGCUGGCAGCUUUACUGUUAUUAACAACAUUAUUUCUUGCUGCUCAGGGAUGGGUAGCCACCCUUGUGGUUUUUGGACUGUUACCUUUCUUCUUGAUUGGCCUAUUUGCACUGAUUAUAGCUUGUUGCUAUGGGUCUAAUUUGACACUGACAACAAUUUGCCAUCCGAAACUGAUGUGGGGAACUAUAUUGUUGCCAGACAACUGUAAUGAUGUGUAUGGUGACAUUCAGAAAGAAGUUGAUCCACGAUUGUUAGGGUUA